AUGCCUCUGCGUCGUGAUCAGGGUAGAAUGGAUGAUUGUGCACUACUGCAGGAAAAUGCUCAGAUAGGCCGCAUCGAGCACUUCAUGUCUGAGAUGGGUUUGCCAUUAGAGCAUUUACAAGCUCUUGGUCGUAAGGAGUUUUGUAGUGUUAAGCGCAGUGAUCCGACACAUGCAAAGUAUUGGUUGGAGGGCAUCAUUGGUAUUCUCGGUCAAAUAGGUUGUUCUAACAAGGAUAAGUUGGGAUGUGUCGUAUCGCUGCUGACAGACGAGGCUCACAGAUGGUGGAUGACUAUCAAAAGGGGUACUGUACCGGAUCGUUUGACUUGGGACUUCUUUUUAGCAUCGUUUCGAAGGAAUUUUAUGGGCGAGCAGUAUCUUGAGGCUAGGAGAAGAAAGUUUAUGGAACUAGCUCAGGGCACUCUGUCGGUAGACGAGUAUGAGGCUGAGUUUGUUCGGUUGAGCCAGUAUGCUCCCGAGUUGGUGUCUUUUAUGGUGAACUGUUGUAAGAGGUUUAGGUUUAGGCUGAACCAUGAGAUUAAGCUCUAUCUGGUUGCUAAGAAUAUUGAGGUCUUCGACGAGUUAGUUGAGAAGGCUCGUGUGUUAGAGGAGACUUUGGGAGAGGAGCUCAAAGCUGCUUCGUGUAGAGCUAUUAAGAGGUCGACUGAGGCUGCUAGUGGUUCUAGUCGUAAGGUCAAGAUAGGCAAGCUGCUAGAGUUGAGGCUGGUCCUGUUGAUCAGGAGGCUACUGCAUAGCCGAUAUCCUGUUGCUGCUGUUGUUGCUGCACCUGUUCUGGCUCGAGGGAGAGGCCGUGGCAGAGGUAAUGGUGGUAGAGAUGCUGGUCAGUAUGGUGCUGCACAAGGUGGUGAUGGUGGUCCAGACAGAGUUUAUGCAGUGAGGUCUUUUCCUCUGCUAGCUUUAGUUGAUUCUGGUACGACGAGGUUGUUUAUCUUGAGAGACGUAGCUAGAGAGUUGGGGAUUGCUGUAGAGACAUCUAGACCGAGUGUUACAAUUAAGAGCCCUCUAGGUGAUAGUGUAGUGGUGGAUCAAGUUUAUCGUCGUUGUCCUUUGAUGGUUGGGACAAGUGUUCCCAGUUGA